AUGUAUGACAUUUGUGUCUUUGUAUGGUCUGUACGAUACCUGCAGAGGCUGGCCUGCCUGGAGGGAAGCCACAGCUUCUGUGGCUUGCCAUAUCUCAUGGAGAAAGAGAAGAGAAGGUUCACCAAGAAUCUUUCCCCAGACAAAAUCAAUUUGAGCACUCUGAAAGGGGAGGGUCAGCUGACGAACCUGGAGCUAGAUGAAGAGGUUCUACAGAAUGUGCUGGAGCUGCCCACCUGGUUAGCCAUCACUCGGGUCUACUGCAACAGGGCCUCCAUCCGGAUCCAGUGGACAAAGUUGAAGACACAUCCCAUAUGCUUGUGUCUGGAUAAGGUAGAGGUGGAGAUGAAGACAUGUGAGGAGCCUCGGCCCCCCAAUGGACAGUCUCCCAUUGCCCUCGCUUCAGGACAGAGUGAGUAUGGCUUUGCCGAGAAGGUGGUGGAGGGAAUGUUCAUCAUCGUCAAUUCCAUCACCAUCAAGAUUCACUCCAAGGCCUUCCAUGCUUCUUUUGAAUUGUGGCAGCUCCAGGGCUACAGUGUCAACCCCAACUGGCAGCAGAGUGACCUCCGCCUCACCCGCAUCACUGACCCCCGCCGAGGAGAGGUUUUAACAUUUAAGGAAAUAACUUGGCAAACACUUCGAAUUGAGGCAGAUGCUACCGACAAUGGUGAUCAGGAUCCAGUCACCACUCCAUUGAGGCUUAUUACCAACCAAGGCAGGAUCCAAAUAGCCCUCAAAAGAAGAACCAAAGAUUGCAAUGUGGUAGCCUCCAAGCUGAUGUUCCUGUUGGAUGAUCUGCUCUGGGUGCUGACUGACUCACAGCUCAAGGCUAUGAUGAAGUAUGCGGAGUCGCUGAGUGAGGCCAUGGAGAAGUCAGCCCAGCAGAGGAAGAGCCUGGCCCCUGAACCUGUACAGAUCACUCCACCUGCUCCCAGUGCCCAGCAGUCCUGGGCCCAGGCGUUUGGUGCCAGCCAAGGCAGCAGCAACAGCAGCAGCAGCCGCCUCAGCCAGUACUUUGAGAAAUUUGAUGUGAAAGAGUCCUCCUACCAUCUGCUCAUCUCCCGCCUGGACCUGCACAUUUGUGACGAUAGCCAGUCUCGGGAGCCAGGUGUCUCUGCAAACAGACUCAUGGGUGGUGCAAUGCAGCUUACCUUCCGCAAGAUGGCCUUUGACUAUUACCCCUUCCACUGGGCAGGUGACAGCUGCAAACAUUGGGUACGGCACUGUGAGGCCAUGGAGACCCGAGGCCAGUGGGCCCAGAAGCUGGUGAUGGAAUUUCAGAGUAAAAUGGAGAAGUGGCAUGAGGAGACGGGUCUCAAACCUCCCUGGCACCUGGGGCUGGACUCUCCCUUCCGGAGGAAAGCAGAUUCUCUCUCCAGUCCUCAAAAGAACUCCCUUGAGAGAAGCCCCUCUCAGGGCCGACAAGCUGCUUUUCGGCCUCCAGCAUGGAAUCGCUUACGUUCUAGCUGCAUGGUAAUACGGGUGGAUGACUUGGACAUUCACCAGGUUUCUACAGCUGGACAGCCAAGUAAGAAGCCAUCUACACUCCUUUCCUGUAGUCGCAAACUUCACAACCUACCCACUCAGGUCUCUGCCAUUCAUAUUGAGUUCACAGAGUAUUACUUCCCCGAUAAUCAGGAGCUUCCAGUUCCCUGUCCCAAUCUCUACAUUCAGUUAAAUGGUCUGACAUUUACUGUGGAUCCUGUCAGCUUGCUCUGGGGAAACCUCUUCUGCCUGGAUUUAUACCGCAGCUUGGAGCAGUUCAAAGCUAUCUACAAGCUGGAAGAUUCAAGCCAGAAAGAUGAACACUUGGAUAUUCGACUAGAUGCCUUCUGGUUGAAGGUGAGCUUCCCGCUGGAGAAGAGAGAGCAGGCUGGGUUGCAUCGUCCUCAGGCCCUUGUCUUUUCUGCAUCAGGCAUGACUGCCACCAAUACGCGUCAUGCCCCACAUUGUAGUUGUCUAGACCUCCAAAGUCUCUUCCGAGGUUUUGCGGCUGCUGAGUUCUUUCAUUCCAAUUAUGUUCACUUUCCCAAGGUUCCAGGUGGCUUUAGCCUUCUGCACAUGCUUUUUUUACAUCAUGCUUUCCAGAUGGAUUCCCGCCUUCCUCAACCCAGUACCCUCCCUCCCCAGAGGCUUAAGGCUUCCCAGGAUCUCUGGUCCAUCCACUUCACCCAGAUCUCCUUGGAUUUUGAGGGAACAGAGAACUUCAAAGGCCAUACCUUGAAUUUUGUGGCCCCCUUUCCCUUGUCCAUUUGGGCCUGUCUGCCCCUCCGCUGGCAGCAAGCUCAGGCACGGAAGCUCCUUUUGGCCACAGAAGGGAGGCUGAAACCAUCAGCUAGCUUUGGCAGUCCUGUCCAGUCUGAGGUCCUUGCCCCAGACACUGUGUCCCAUCAGAGGUCAAAGACUGAACAUGAUUUGAAAAGCCUGUCAGGCUUUACAGAAGUCAUGGAUGUUUUGCGAGAAGGCAGCAGUAGUGUGGACAACAAAGGGCCUCUGACUGAGCUCGAGGAUGCAGCAGAUGUUCACAUGCUUGUACACUCCCCUGCACAUGUCCGUGUGAGGCUUGACCAUUACCAGUACUUGGCUCUACUGCGCCUGAAGGAGGUGCUACAGGGUCUUCAAGAACAACUGACUAAGGAUACAGAGGCCAUGACCGGGUCUCCCCUGCAGGACCAGACAGCUUGCAUUGGGGUCCUCUUCCCCAGUGCUGAGGUGGCUCUGCUCAUGCAUCCUACCCCUGGGACUGUUGAAGCUGACUCGGCAGGUUCAGAUACCACCAGCCUCAUAGAUUCAGAGUUGUCUCCUUCAGAGGAUAGGGAGCUGAAGUCUGAUGCCUCUUCAGACCAGGGCCCAGCAAGCCCUGAGAAGGUUCUGGAGGAUAGUGGCAUUGAAAAUCUGGAUGCAUCCCAGGAUAGGCCAUUGCCUCUCUCUAGCAAUGGAGAACUACAGGAUUCAGAUUCUCUUGCACAGCAGGAGGCAGGGAAGGGCCAUGAGGCAGUCGAUUCCUUACAGGCCAAGAGACUGAGCAGAGCUCAAGCAUCCACCUCACCGGCUGUGUUGAAGCCCCCAAGUGGCAGGGAUACCGCUGUGAAUGGACAGGCUGAGCUCAUCCCCUUGAAGAACAUUGAGGGAGAAUUGUCAAGUGCUAUUCACAUGACCAAGGAUGCCACAAAAGAGGCUCUCCAUGCCACUAUGGACCUCACCAAGGAAGCUGUGUCCCUGACUAAGGAUGCCUUCAGUCUGGGCAGAGACCGAAUGACCUCCACCAUGCACAAGAUGUUGUCCCUGCCCCCAGCCAAGGAGCCCAUGGCCAAAAUAGAUGAGGGGGCAGCAGCACCAUUGAGUGGAAGUGCUGCCCGACUCCGAUUUUUCUCUAUGAAGAGGACGGUAUCUCAGCAGUCAUUUGAUGGCGUUUCAUUGGAUAACAGUGGCCCUGAAGAUCGGAUUUCAGUGGACAGUGAUGGCAGUGAUAGCUUUGUGAUGCUCUUGGAGUCUGAGUCUGGUCCAGAAUCUCUUCCACCAGGAACUCUUCCAAAUGUCCUGGACAGUGCUGGCGUUCAAGGGAGCCCUCUUAUGGAUAGUUACGGCCAGGGGUCACCAGAGGCCAACAGUUCGGUCUCACCCAGUGGGGAAGACCUCAGUCUUCACCCGGUCUCCGUUCUGGUCCUGAAGGUGAAUGAGGUGUCUUUUGGGAUUGAGGUACGUGGUGAAGAUCUGACUGUGGCCCUUCAGGCAGAGGAACUGACCCUCCAGCAGCUGGGAACCGUGGGACUAUGGCAGUUCCUGCAUGGACAGUGCUCAGGUACAAGCUUUCAGGAAUCCUCAACUUUGAAGACUGACCACAUCAGGCCAGCAGUGGGCCUUCGCUUUGAGGUGGGGCCUGGUGCAGCCGUUCGCUCCCCACUGGCCACACGAAAUGGCUUCCUGCAUUUCUUGCUUCGAGGCUGUGAUCUUGAGCUGUUCACUUCGGUGCUCAAUGGCCUGGGGCCCUUCUUGGAGGAUGAAGAGAUCCCAGUGGUAGUUCCCAUGCAGAUUGAACUCCUGCACUGCAGCAUCACCCUAAAGGAUGAUAUACCCCCCAUCUAUCCAACAUCUCCAGGCCCUAUCCCUAUUACUCUGGCCAUGGAGCAUGUUGUGCUGAAACGGAGUGAUGAUGGUGUGUUCCACAUAGGCGCUGCUGCUCAGGAUACACCAUCAGCUGAAGUACCUAAGAGUGAGAAGAGGCAGCCCCCCAAAGAACAGAUGUUUCUGGUGCCCACAGGAGAGUCUUUUGGAGAGAAGGUGAAAGAAUUGCCUACCCUACAGAAGGAACUUAUAGAAACUAAACGAGCAUUGGCCAAUGCCAACCAGGAUAAAGAAAGACUGCUUCAGGAGAUUAGGAAAUAUGACCCCCUCUUUGAGCUCUGA